AUGCCCAGACAUGCUACUAUCGCCAAGUUCAUUCAAAAUGAACUUGACGCUGAACGCGAGAAAGUAGCCUUGCUUCACCAACAAGGUUCUCAACAAGCAGAGUUGUUGAGAGAACAAGGUGCUCAACAGUUUGAACUGUUGAGACAGCAGCAGGCUGCUGCUGGCGGGUCUAUGCACUCGCGUCGACCCGAGACUUUGAAGAUUGACAUCUCCAAGUAUAGGGGGGUCGAAGAAGACUCCCUCUUGAGAUGGUUCGUCGAAUUGGAUGACGCCAUAAGGGCGCGUCGCAUCGACGACGGGGAUAUGCAAGUUGCAUUUGCCCAGUCAAAUCUGGCAGGACGUGCCAAGACUUGGGCACUGGGGCUCAAGUUGCACGACCCAUAUGCGUUUGGGUCGUUGGAAGUCUUCAAGUCGCGGCUCAGACAAACGUUUGAACCGCCUAGAGCUGAGUUCAGAUCUCGAACUGAACUCUUGAAGCUCAAACAGGGUAAGCGUGAUGUGCACGCUUACGCACAACAUAUACGACAUCUCACGAGUUGUAUAAGUUCCAAUCCGGUGGAUGAACACACGUUGGUUUCGGUGUUCAUGCAGGGUCUUGCGGAUGGUCCCGUCAAGACUCACCUGUUCCGGCUUGAACUAGAUUCACUAGAACAAGCCAUUUCCAUUGCGGAGCAGGAAGACUUCAGUAUGAGACAGGCUCGCGCCAGCUCGACAUCAUAUCGUCAACCGAGACGAUAUGACAGCGGAGGUCCAGAGCCGAUGGAACUCUGUUAUGUAGAGAGCGAGAAGGCUCGCUCUACAGGCUACAAGAAGUUGCAGAGAUGCAACAGAUGUCAAAAGACAGGACACUACGCUUACGAGUGA